GCGCCGCCCCCCCCCUCCAGAAGCCAGGACGCAGCCCGAGGGAGCGGCUGAUGCCCCGCCUGCUGACCAGGCGCCGCCGCUCUUGCCCCCCUCCGCUGCCCCCACGCGCUGCCCCUCUCCGCCCCACCCGCCCAUGUUCUACCAGCCGCCUCCGCAGCAGCCAAUCAGCAGUCAGCCCUCGCCCUCGCUGCAGCCAAUGAGCAGCCAGCAUUCGCCCCCCCAGCAGCUGCAGGCCAACGGCCAGCCCUCGGCGCAGCAGCAGCCAAUAGGCAGUCCACCUUCGCCACCACAACAGCCAAUCACAACGCAGCCUCAGCGCCAGCACCCACCCAUGUUCUACCAGCCUCCGCCGCAGCCAAUCCCAGAGAGCCCUGCAACACAGCCCCAGCCGCUUCCUCCAGCCCCCAGCCAGACCCCGCCUCCACCACAGGGCCUGCAGCCAAUCACAGAGUGCCUUCCACAGCAAGAGCCAAUCAGCGAGCCCAACGCAGCCUCUGUGCUGCAGGUGACCCCUGACCCCGGCACCCCCAUUAGUGACUCACCUGACGACCCCUCGGACCUCCCUGCGCUGGACCAUCAGGCCCCGCCCCCACCCAGCACAGACCACACACCCUGUGACAAUACCCCGCCCCCACCCAGCACAGACCCCACCCCAUUUGAUCAGGCCACGCCCUCCUUGCUCCACGCCUCCACUGAGAGUGUGGAGUCAGAGGAUACCUACCUGUAGCCCCUACAGAGCACACACACACCUGUAGCCCCUACAGAGCACACACACACACACCUGUAGCCCCUACAGAGCACACACACACACACACACACACACACAUACUACAGUACACUACACUACACACACACACAUACUACACUACACUACACACACUACACUACACAAACACAGACACACAAAAUGCACUUACAGGUUUGGCUUUGUUUGGACCUCUGGACCACAGCUCUUAGUCCUCUUUCCUCCUCCUCCUCCUCAUCCGUCUCUUCCUCCUCCUCUUCUCUCCUCCUCUUUCUUCCUCCUCUUCUCUCCUCUUCUGGUGUUGACCUUGGGCCAGUCCCCCACUGACCUCUGAAUGUGUAGCGCUACUAUAGUGCUGUUGCCCAAAUAUAGCAGCAAGUUCCCACUAUAGUGGAGCCCAUUAAAGGAGAAUUCCGGUGUGAUAUUGACCUAAAGUGUAUUGAAACAUGAUACCGAGUGUGAACGUAUGUCUCAUAGCCCAUCUCAACUUGUCCCCUGCACUCCAAAAUC